AUGUUUGCACCCCCAACUGCAUUUACUUUCUCAGCACCUUCGGAUAGCAAGCGCUUAGUCAGUAGAUCUAUCUGGGUUUUAAUUGAAGGUUUUAGACAUGAACAAUCCAUCACAAGCUUGAUCAACUACUGGUUUCUGUACCUACAAGCUAUUAUCAAGGAGACUCUUCGACUCCGAAUGGCAAUUCUUCUCUUAGUCCUACAAAUGAACCUUCAUGAUGCAAAGCUUGCUGGAUAUGAUAUUCCAGCUGAGAGAAAAAUCUUGAUUAAUGCUUGGCGGCUAACUGACAACCCCACUCAUUGGAAGAAACCUGAAGAGUUUAGACCUGAGAGGUUCUUCGAAGAGGAGAAACACGUUGAAACCAAUGUCAAUGACUUUAGAUUUCUUCCAUUUGGUGUUGGUAGAAGGAGUUUCCCUAGAAUUAUCCCAGUGCUGUCAAUUUUUGGCAUCACUUUGGGAUGUUUGGUGCAGAACUUUGAGAUGUUGCCUUCUCCAAGAAAGUUGAAGCUCGACACCUCAGAGAAAGGUGGACCGUUCAGUCUCUACAUUUUGAAGAAUUCUACCAUUGUGAUGAAACCAAGAUCUUUUUGA